ACAAAAAAAUAUUCCACGAAGUUUUUAAAGAUUACUUAUGCGAAAAGUGCGGGAAGAGAUUUGGAAAUAAACAAAGUUUACUCAUACAUGUAAAGACUUUCCACGAGGAUCGCAAAGAUCACUUAUUACAGACCGAAAAAAAAUUUGAAAAAAAAUCGCCUUUACUCAUGCACGUGACGACAGCCCAUAAGCAAUGUAAAUAUUUCUCAUGCAAUAAUUGCGAAAGAAAAUUUGAACGAAAAUCAAAUAUGCUUAUACACCAGAAGACAGUCCAUGAACGUCAAAAAGAUUUUAAAUGUGAUAAGUGCGAGAAGAAAUUUGGAUAUCGAAGCGUUUUAAGAGAACAUCAAAAAGUAGUCCACGAUGGUCGCAAAGAUUACGCGUGCGACAAGUGCGAUAGAAAAUGUGGAAGUAAAACUAAUUUGUCAAAGCACCAAAAGAUGGUACACGAACGUCGCAAAGAUUACGCAUGUGACAAAUGCGAAAAAAAAUUUGGACAAAAAUUGUCUUGGCUUUUGCACCAGAAGGCCGUACACGAGGGCCGAAAAGAUUUCGCAUGCAACAAAUGCGAUCAGACAUUCGGAUUUCAAAGCAAUUUAUCAAGACACCAGAAAACAGUCCACGAAGGUUGCAAAAAUUAUGCAUGCAAUAAGUGUGAGAAGACAUUUGGACACAAAUGGACUAUGAUACAGCAUAUAAAGACAGUGCACGAAGGUCUGAAAGAUUACGAAUGCGACAAGUGCAAGAAGAAAUAUGGACGAAAAUCGCAUUUGUUCGAUCACCAGAAGACAGUACACGAACGUCGCAAAGAUUUCGCAUGCGACAAGUGCGAUAGAAAAUGUGGAAGUAAAACAAAUUUGUCAAAGCAUCAAAAGAUGGUACACGAAGGUCGAAAAGAUUUCGCAUGCAACAAAUGCGAUCAGACAUUCGGAACUCAGAGCAAUUUAGCAAGACACCAGAAAACAGUCCACGAAGGUUGCAAAGAUUACGCGUGCAAUAAGUGUGAGAAGAAAUUUACACAAAAACCGAGUUUGCUCUACCACCAAAGGAUAGGCCACGAAGGUCUGAAAGAUUACGAAUGCGACUAGUGCGAGAAGAAAUAUGGACGAAAAUCGCAUUUGUUCGAUCACCAGAAGACA